CUGAGACCGUAAAGAUGUUGUUGCUUGUAAUUCUAUCGGUUGUUAUCGUUUGCUUGUAUGCAAUUUCAACUAUUAAUUCUCGGGUAUUGCAUCAACUGAAAAUGCCUUACCACAAAUUCAAUCCUCGGUAUCCGUUUUGCAUUGAGCGAUUGUAUACGAUCAUUAAACUUGGCGUUUCCAGUGCCGAGGAGCGAUUCAAAAUCAUUACCACAUUGUGCCUUCAAUAUUCGGAUAUGGUCAAAGUGUGGUUCGGCCCACUGUUGGUCGUAUUCGUGAAUCAUCCACAAAGAAUUCAGAAAGUUCUGAUGUCGCCCAAGUGUGCUGAUAAGUGGAAUCUAUUUUAUGUGCUAAUGGAACGCGAAACGGCACUGACCGCUGGACGUACUAGUUUGAAGUGGAAGGAACAUCGAAAGUUUUUCAAUUAUUGCUUUAGUCUGUCGGCGCUGGAAAGUUUUGUUAAAAUAUUUGCGGAUUGUAGUGAUGAGUUUUGUGCAACUUUAGACGGCGAAACGAAGGGGAAGGAAUUUAGUUUUCUACCGAUUGCGAAGAGAUUUUCGUUUGAUGUUUUGUGUGAAACGUCGAUGGAUAUGAAAGCCAAAGAUUUGUUUGACGAGGCGACUUAUGAAAAAAUCUUCAGCGGUUUUGAAACCACCGAAGAGGCCUUCAACCACAAGACUGAAAUUCCAUUUUUAUAUCCCAAGACACUGUUCAAACUAACGAAAUUGCGGCGGGACGAGAAGACUGCUCAGCAGACGUUGAACGAAUUCCGACACUACAUAGUCAAAAGGCGUCGAUCAAUCAUGGAGGCAAGCGAAUGUACAGACAAUACAUCACACAAUGGAAGAUGCGUGCUGAUCGAUCACAUCAUUCGGAACGAGGAAAAAUUCAACGACAAGGAAAUUCUCGAUCAUGUUCUGAAUUUCAUAGCCGGAUACGAAAUAUUAGCCAAUGCAAUGGCGCACACCAUACUGCUGCUGGCAAUGCAUCCAGACAUUCAACAGAAACUGUACGAAUCCGUUCAAAGUUCAAUUUUAUGCGACGAAGAUGUCCGAAGUUCUGACAUCAUAAAGAGCAUCGAAUAUCUGGACCUUGUGCUAAAGGAAACUUAUCGACUAAUGCCCACCGUACCGAUGAUUCUGCGAGAAGUCACCGACGAUUUUGAAAUUGAGCCCGGUCUGGUUAUUCCGAAAGGAGUGAAAUUGGUGAUGAACUUUUGCGCCCUGCACCGUCGCAAAGACAUUUGGGGUGUUGAUUCGGACGAAUUCAAGCCGGAACGAUUCUAUGCGGAUGAUUCGGAAAGUCGUCAUCUGUUUUCAUUUCUGCCCUUCUCAGGCGGAUCGCGUAUUUGUAUAGCUAAUAAAUAUUCCACCAUUGCGCUGAAAAUUGCCACAGUUCAAUUGAUCAGAAAGUUUAAGUUUAGUACGUCAAUGACAAUGAAAGACAUUAGACUGAAGUCCUAUGUUUCGUUGAAACUUUGCACCGAUCAUUUGAUUUCGUUGGAAUCGAGAGUCCCGUAGGUAUUUUCGAUGUUCAAUACAAGUUACAAGGAAGCAUUUACCAUUACGAAGAACCAUCAGAUUCUGGACACACACAUCCCGUUAAAGAAUAAGAUGCGGAUCAAAUCUGAAUUUAGAAUUUUAUACAAAGACGAAAUUGAUACAAAUUAUCGCAUGUUGCUGUGCUAAAUAUAGAGUUCGAUGAGUGGAAUCUUAGUGUUAGUGUUAGUCGGUAAGUUUAGGCUACAACAUGCGAUAAUCGCUGUAAUAAUUACACAACAAAAAAUUGUAAAAACCACCUUGACAUGAUAAUAAACAACCAUUCGUCAAUA